AUGGAUACACAAUCAUCAAGCGACUCAUCGUUACCCAAGCCAGGAGAUUUGAUCUGGGCUAAAAUGAAGGGAUUUCCACCAUGGCCUGCAAAGGUUCUGGAAAAAGACAGAGAUACUCCAAUGUCUCGUAUUCCCGUCAUAUUCUUCGGCACUGGUGAAAAGGCCUUUAUGAAACCAUCCGAUGUUUGCGAUUACUAUGAAAAUAAGACGCAGCAUGAAGUCCCUAGAAAACACAAGGUAAACGUUGCAGAUUUUGUCGCAGUUUAUCCUGUCUCUUACAAGAAAUAA